UUCCUCACCGACAACUCCCAGGUUCUGUAGCAUUGACCCUUGGGCCCAUUCCUUUUUUUUCUUGUCCUCAACCAGUUUAAUUCCCAUCAGCCAUCCAAAUUGGGUCUUGUUACUACAUGGAUUCUCCCCUUUUCCCAAUAAGUUAUUCCCCCAUGUGAAAUGUGGCAUCUUUUUUUCUCCUUCUUCUCCCCUAAUAAUAAUUCUUUCUCCGCUUCUUCUCCCCUGCCAAAGACUCCCACCACUCCCAAAAUCACCACCUUUCCACCAGUGCCUAUCACAUGUGACACUGUACGUAGCAAAUGUAGAGAAAUGUUGACGUCUUCCCUACAAACAGACAAUGACUAUGUUGCCAUCGGUGCUGACUGUGAAGAGAUGGCAGCUCAAAUUGAAGAAUUUAUAUACCAAGAUGUCAAGAACACAGACCUGAAGUACAAAAACCGUGUUAGGAGUCACAUCUCUAAUCUGAAAGAUUCUAAGAAUCCUGACCUCCGAAAGAAUGUCUUAUGCGGGGUGAUCACUCCAGAAGAAAUUGCAGUGAUGACUUCAGAGGAAAUGGCCAGCAAUGAGCUGAAGGAGAUCUGGAAAGCCAUGACCAAGGAGGCUAUUAGGGAACAUCAAAUGGCUAAAACAGGAGGAACCCAGACUGACCUCUUCACCUGCAGAAAGUGUAGGAAGAAGAAUUGUACCUACACCCAAGUACAAACCCGCAGUUCAGACGAGCCAAUGACCACUUUUGUUGUGUGUAAUGAAUGUGGGAACCACUGGAAGGAUUUUGGCUGGUGUUUCUAAUGCACACGGUGUGGAUGGUUAUACUACAAGUUGUUUAUUGUGCGGAAAGCACGAAAGAGAAGCUAAACUCUGGAUGUGUAUGGGACGCCAUCAUCAGCCUUUUCAGCUGUGCAUUUUACUAGUCAGAAAUGAGGGAACUGCAACUAGAGGAAGAGCCUGUCUUUUACAGACCACAAAACUGGUCUUCCAUGCAGAGAGAAAGAAAGAGAGAGAGAGAGAGAGAGAGAGAGAGAGAGAGAGAGAGAGAGAAUGAGGAAGAAAUAGAGAAACACAGAACAGUUUGAGAUACUUCCUUCUGUUAUAAACAAGAAAAAUAACUCUGAAACUUUCCUCCACUUAAAUUUCAGCUCCUGAAGUUUGCCCAUUCCUGAUCCAUACUGUAGAAUC